CGGUGAAAGCUGUUUCUCGCUUCUUUUUCCUACUACACUACUGCUCCUCUCCCUCACUUUUCUUCUCAAAAGAAUAUAUUUGCAGGUAGGGAGGGACCAAGAAUCUUCAAAACGACGACGUAGAGAACUAUGUCUUACGAUUAUCUUUUCAAGUACAUCAUCAUUGGUGACACCGGUGUAGGAAAAUCAUGCUUGCUUUUGCAGUUUACUGACAAGAGAUUCCAACCGGUUCAUGAUCUCACCAUCGGUGUUGAAUUUGGUGCUCGGAUGAUCACCGUUGAUGGAACACCGGUCAAGCUUCAGAUUUGGGAUACUGCCGGCCAAGAAUCCUUCAGGUCCAUCACCCAAUCUUACUAUAGAGGAGCAGCAGGAGCUCUUCUGGUCUAUGAUAUAACCAGGAGAGAGACAUUUAAUCAUCUUGCAAGUUGGUUGGAGGAUGCACGACAGCAUGCAAAUCCAAACAUGACAAUCAUGCUUGUCGGGAACAAGAGUGAUCUUUCUCACCGGAGGGCUGUGAGCAAAGAAGAGGGCGAACAGUUUGCGAAGGAUAAUGGGUUUUUGUUCUUGGAAGCAUCUGCUAGAGCAGCUCAAAAUGUUGAGGAGGCCUUCAUAAAGACUGCUGCAACGAUUCUUCAGAACAUUCGGGGUGGAGUCUUUGAUGCAUCCAAUGAGUCGUCUGGUAUCAAGAUCGGCUAUGGCCGUGCCCAAGGUCCAUCGGGUGCAAGAGAUGGAGCGGUCGCUCAGACUGGUGGCUGUUGUGGUUGACAUGAAUGGAAACAAUGUUGUAAGCCUGUGUUGUAUUUGAUCCUUGUGUCCAAUUUGCUUAUUUCAUCACAAUAUCAUUGCUUCGAAUAUAUAUACUUGAGAAGUUGAAUUAAGGAAACUGAAUGUAUAGAAUUAGUCCUUUUUUUCAAUUUCAUGUAAAUGUAGUUGUGUCAUUUGUACUGUAACAUAUAUGUUGAUGUUUCCCAAGAAUUUUAAUGGCUAUGAAAACUCAGUUGAAUCAACUCUUGAGUCUGAUCA